GAAAGAAGGGACGAACGAAAUACAUUUUCAUAUAUAAGGAACCAUCCGGACGAACAUCCAACCAUAGUCACUUGUGGAACAACCAAGCAGGUUCACGUAGCUCUCGCAAAUUUCAUCAAUCAAAAUGUUCGCCAAACUGUUCAUCGUUGCCCUCGCCAUCGCCGCUGUAGCUGCUCGUCCUGGAGUUCCCCUUGCCGCUACCUAUGCCGCCCCAUACGUCAGCACCUACCAUGGAGUUAGUGCCCCAGCUAUCGCCUACUCAAAUUAUGCUGCCCCAGCUGCCGUGUCCACCUACUCAUCUCCACUGGCCACUUACUCCCAUGGACUCCCCGCGGUGAGCACUUAUUCCGCCGGAGUUCCAUUGGCGUACUCUUCGCUCGGAGUGUCCCCAUAUACCACCAUCUACUGAGGCCUGAUCUCCGACCCAUUGAACUGAAAAACUGUAUUUAGAAGUUUUGCAUUAUUUUUUUGGACAAAUGUGAUUGUGUUAAAUUAAAAUAAACAAACGAAUGAAAAAUACACAGCGGAAUAACGAAA